AUGCCUCAUUAUGUACACCCAACUACGUCUGCGGAACACGAAGAAAUGACACCAGCUGGCAUUCAGAGAGUGACCAACUUCCCGUUCUCAGAGAGACCAGGGCGUUUGAAGAUAUCGCGGAAGUCGCUGCUGUCGAUUCUCCCUGACCGUGCUACUGUGGGAGUGUUCAUUCAGAUUUAUCUUGAUACCAUCGAACAGGCUUAUUCAGUCCUCCACCAGCCUUCUUUUGAAUCGGAAACGUCGAAAUUCUGGGAUGACGCCUCCGCCGUGAGUGAUAGCUGGCUCGCGCUGCUCUUUGCUGUGCUCUCCCUGGGAUGCCACGCAUAUAACGCAACAGCCCAUGGAAAGCAACAACCCUACCCUGGCCUGGAUGUGCAGCUGUUAGAUGCAUCUGAAGCCUGCCUGAAGAUGACGCCCUUGAUGUAUCAUCCCGACAAAUCCAAUAUCCAGACUCUCUAUCUGAUGGUCAUAUUCAAACAGCUUGACCGUAUGUCGUGCCACCAAACCGGUGCCUGCUGGCCACUCACCGGCCUGAUUGUCCGUCUUGCAAUGAUGCUUGGUAUACACGCGGACCACCCUGGGAAUGAUGCCUUGCCAGACGGGGAAAUCCAACACCGCAAAGAUCUCUGGGGUUCGAUUAUCCUCCUAGAAAUGCGCCAGUCUCUAGUAUCAGGAAUGCCGCUCCUCCUGCAAGUGACAGACUUCGGUAGAAUAGAACUGGUCAGCGACGACCCCACGAAAAGAAGCUUCUAUAAUUCAAUCCCACUACUCACCCAGGUCCUAUCUACACUCGACCUCAACAGAAACCAGCUCGAGCACGAUAAAGUCCUCGAAUACGAUCUCCAGCUCAGACAACUGCUCAAAGACCCCAACCUGGCCCUCGAUUCCCCAUCAAACAGCUACCCAGCCCGCCUCCUCUUCAACGUCUUCUACAGACGCCUCCUCCUCGCCCUCCACACAAGCUUCGCUCAGGAACCACGCGCCUGGACCCGAUAUCCCGUCUCGUACUGGUCCACGCUAGACAGCUGCCUCGGCCUCCUAGCCAUACAGCGUGAGCUGUGCGAGGACACCACUGAUAAAAGGAAAAACGAGAACAAGGAAUCCGGCCACCUGAUGGCCUGGUUCGCAGGGCUGUUUAGAGAGGAUUUCUUCACAGCGGCCAUGACGCUCUGCCACCACCUUGUCAAGGCGAACUCGCCGCUUGAACCCUCUGCUUCGACGGGCUGUUUUUGCCAGCAACAGGCCAGGGAUACGAUUCUGAAGACGCUUGUUUCGUGCAGUGGGCUUUGGGAAGCGGAGGAGGGAUUGUCGGUGUGCCAUCGGGAGGCGUCGAGGGUGAUGAGGUCCGUUAUUGACUAUCUAAGGGUGCAGUUUUCGUGCGACUGA